AUGGAUGGAGUUGACCUUUCAUCGGUAGCGAGAACAGAUUGGGUUAGUGCAUUAAACCAGCUACCUUCUUUAAUGAAAUUACAUCUAUCUUCUUGCAAACUUUUUGGUCAAAUUCCAUCUCCUUCAUCUCUCAAUUUUACUUCAGUUGUUGAUUUAGAUCUUAGUUCUAAUAGCUUUAUUUCAAAGAUACCUGAUUGGCUUGUUAAUAUAAGUACCUUACAACAUAUUGGCAUAAGCCGUAAUGAUUUGUAUGGAGAAAUACCACUUCGUUUAAGAGACCUUCCAAAGUUACAAUAUUUGAAUUUAGGGUAUAACCACAAUCUCUCAGCAAGUUGUUCUCAACUCUUCAUGAAAGGAUGGAAAAACAUGCGAGCCCUUCGUUUGUCACAUAAUAAAUUACAUGGGAGACUUCAUUCAUCCUUUGGAAACUUGACUUCUCUCACAUACCUUGACUUCAGUUACAAUGCUAUUGAUGGCGGUAUUCCUAGUUCCAUUGGUAAACUCUGCAGGUUGAAAUUUUUUGAUUUAUCAGGAAAUAAUAUGACAGGAACUCUACCCGAGUUUCUUCAAGGAAUAGAUGAAUGUCCUUCUAGAAAACUUCUUCCUAAAUUGGCGAGUUUUAUCAUGAGCAACAACCAGCUUCAUGGUAAAAUCCCAGAUUGGUUAGGUCGGUUAGACAAUCUAGUUAAGAUCAGUCUUGCACAUAAUUUGCUUGAAGGUCCUAUUCCUGUUUCCAUAGGGUCGCUGCAAAAUCUCACAACCUUGACACUUACCGAUAAUAUAUUAAAUGGUACUCUACCAGAUAGUUUAGGACAACUUUCUAAGUUGACAUACUUAGAUGUUUCUUUUAAUCAGUUGACAGGCAUGGUAACUGAAGACCAUUUUUUAAUGCUGACAAAAUUGGUGGUCCUAAAAUUGUCUUCCAAUUCAUUAACUCUGAAUGUCAGUGCCAAUUGGAUACCACCAUUCCAAGUAUCGCAUCUCCGUAUGGGUUCAUGUGUUUUGGGGCCUUCUUUUCCACUUUGGCUUAAAUCUCAAAAUAAGCUCCAUAAUAUAGACUUUUCAAAUGCUAGCAUUUUUGGUUUUAUACCGAUUUGGCUUUGGGAUAUUACCUCCAACUCAAGAUUUUUAAACAUGUCCCAUAAUGAGUUACAGGGUUGGCUUCCAAAUCCAAUACAUGUCGGAUAUUCUUCUCAUGCAAUUGAUCUAAGCUUUAAUCUUCUGGAAAGAACAGUUCCUAUUAUAACUCCAGAAAUCGAGUUGUCAGAUCUCUCACACAACUGCUUUUCUGGUGCAAUCCAAUUGAACAUUGGUCAACACAUGAAUAUUGCGGGAUUUUUAUCACUUUCACAUAAUCAACUGCAUGGAGAAAUACCAUUGUCUUUGGGAGAAAUGUCACAUGUCACUGUCAUUGAUCUUUCAGGCAACAACUUAACUGGAAGGAUCCCUCCAAGCCUUGCAAAUUGCUCUUUUUUAUCUGUACUGGACCUUGGGAAUAAUAGUCUGUUUGGGACAAUUCCAAAUUCUUUGGGUCAGUUAAAGCAUCUCAGAUCACUGCACCUUAAUGACAAUCACUUUUCAGGGGACUUGCCAUUGUCUUUAAGAAAUCUGUCAUUGUUAGAAACAAUGGAUCUUAGAAACAACAGAUUGUCAGGCUCAUUGCAAGUCCUUGACCUUUCUAAAAAUGACUUGAGUGGAAGCAUUCCAGCAAGCUUGGGUGAUCUGAAAGCUAUCGCCCAUGCACCGAUGAAAAAUAGAUACAUAUUGUAUGGAAAUUAUACAGGUCACUACUAUGAAGAAAGUUUGAAUGUGUAUGUAAAAGACCAAAGACUGAAGUAUACCUUCAUUCCCUUGUUACUAGCAUAG